UUCCCCUUCUUUUUCUUGUUUGUGAUGGAUCUACCUUGUGCUUCCUGGCAGGAUCACGUCGCACAGAAAUGGAUCACACUCGAUUCCGAGCUGAGGGAACAUUUUGUGUCUUUAAAUGUUAUCGAUGAUGUUUUCAAAUUCGUCUUAACUGUGACAGCACAGCAGGAUGUGGACUUCAUGCAGUGCCUCUCAUCAGAAUACUCUAUACAGAAGGACACAGAACAAGCCAUCAAAUACAGGCAGAGAGGCAACACCAGCUUCAAGUCCGGAAACUACACUGCAGCCGCUCUGCAUUACUCACAGGGCAUAUGUUUUGCUCCCCCAAAGUCAGAGCAGCUGUCUCUGUGUUAUGCAAACCGUUCUGCUGCCCUCUACCAUCUGCAGUACUACCAGCAAUCCCUUGAUGACAUUGACCAGGCUCUGAGGACUGGCUACCCCUCACAUCUCUUACAUAAACUCCAGAGCCGUCGCAGACAGUGUCUAAGCCAUCAAACUCCUAACCUGGAUCAAGACCACUCUACAACCAAGUGCCAUAAAAGUCCAAGCAGCAUGAAAACUACAAGCGUAUCACAUUCUGCAUUCGGGGUUUGUCCUCGAGCCUCCAUUAAGUUCAACCUAGAGCAAGGCCGACAUCUGGUGGCUACAGAGAAAAUAGCAGCUGGUGAGGUGAUCCUUCAUGACAGGCCGUACGGCUGCGUCCUAAUACCCGGGAUUGCAGAAGUGAAAGGGAAUGAAAUGAGGUGUGACAAAGAGAAAGGAGUGUUUGGAACACAGCACAGACACUGUCACAGAUGUUUGAUUGAAACAUUGUGUCCUGUGCCAUGUGAGGGGUGUGGCUACAGCUGUUACUGUUCAACCCUCUGUCGGAAAGAAGCCUGGGAUGAACAUCACUGCUGGGAGUGUCCACUUGGAGCAGAUCUGAUUGUGAUGGGUGUAAUGGCCCACCUCGCUCUGAGGGUAACACUGAAGGCAGGGCUAAAAAACAUACAAAAGUCCAGGGAGCUCAUUAGAGACGGGGACAGUUCAGGACAAAGCGACGACUGCAGUGAUUCCUCUCAGCGUCAGAGAAAAAAAAUUGAACCUUCUGCUUUACAGUUUGGUGACUCAUACCUCAGCGUGUGCCGCUUACUGCAUCAUUUCAAUCGUCACAGUCCAAGUCUGCGUUUCCUGUAUGCGGUUACCAUAGCAACACUCUAUCGAAAACUCAGCAAGGCAAGUCCUCCGCCUGCAUCAUGUCGACAGUCAGAAUCCAGCCAAUCACAGGGACCAGACGAGGAGGGAGGUGUCUCGGGUUGGAGUCCCGACUUGUGGCCAGUGGGAAGUACCGUUCUGAAACAUCUGCUGCAGCUGAGGUGUAACGCCCAGGCUGUCCUCACCGUCCAACACACAGGAGCAACAGACUCCUCGGUGCAGUCCAGCCGUGAAGUACGGAUUGCUACAGCAAUAUUCCCGACUCUUAGCCUCCUGAAUCACUCCUGCUGUCCUAACACCAGCCUGGUAUUUAGCACUGGAACCAGUCCUGGUUCAUGGGGCCCAGAGCUGUCUGCUGACUUUAGUGAAAGUGGAGCUGAGGACAGUCGAUCUACUUGUGGUGUUACAGUGACUGUCAGAGCUGCCAGAGUAAUUUCUCCUGGACAAGAGAUUCUACAUUGCUAUGGGCCUCAUAGCAGUAGAAUGGAGUUCUGGGAACGCAGGCGACUCUUGGAGGAACAGUACUAUUUUCUGUGUACAUGUGAGGCUUGCGUGAUGCAGGAGCAGCAGCAAGAGGAGGUGGUCGAGGACGGGACAGAUGAUUCUGGAAUCCUGUGUGGAAAGUGUAAAGGGCCUCUCAAAAAAAGCAACAAGGACAGAGGGACAGAAUUUAUUUGUCCGCAGUCCUGCAGUCUUCGGAUGUCGUAUGCUGAAGUGUACCACAGGUUACAGGAGAUCAGGGCUGAUCUUCAGACAGCUGUGGAACUCAUGGAACAAGAAAGACCAGAUGAAGCAAUGAGGAUUCUGAAAAAGACACAGUCUCAGACUGGCCUGAUCCUCGCAGAGACACAUCCAUUGCAGGGGGAGCUGUCAGAUGCGAUGGCCAGAGCUUAUGCAACAGUGGGGGACUGGAAUAACGCCGCAUCCCAACUGGAGCGUAGCGCUGUAGCUAUUUGCUCCCAGUACGGAGAAGACAGUAUUGAAUUGGGUCGCCAGCUCUUCAAAUUAGCUCAGUUACAUUUCAAUGGUGGUGCCAGAAGCCAGGCUCUGUCAGUUAUCCCUAAGGCCAAACGGCUCCUCUGCCUUCACUGUGGUCCUCACUGUCUUGAAUUCCAUGAGCUGCAGGCCAUGGAGGACUGUCUGCAAGGGUAGUCUUAUAUAACUGCAAUAGUAAGACAGUUUUCCA